AUGUCUUCCGAUAAUACUCUACCAUCAACCACAUCCGAGGCAACAUUACCUGGUAACUCAACAAGUAGUAUUGAUGAUGACACUCUCCUUACCGAGAUCACUGAAUACUUUGUUGACCGUGGUUUUCAACCGAGUCUUGGAAGUGAAGGUGUAAAGUUAGGUGAAGAUAAGGAAUUAUUUAUGAAAUGGGGUCUUACAGAGGAGGCUACAAACGAACUACGUGAUAGUGUGCGUGAUGAUGAUGAUGUUUGGUCUCAACGGGGUUUAAAACAUUGGUUACUUGAUUGGAUCUACAAUCCGUGGGGUUCAUUUACUCAAAUAAGUUUUGACAAAAUUUUUUACGAUCCACAAUUUCAACGCAAUCAAUGGCAUAGUUACGAAAGAAAAGGUGGUCCACAAAUUUUUGUCUCAUCCUAUGAAGACAUCGUCACUAUCGGAGAGGAUGCUUUAUUGAGGUGCAAUACAAAAGUCUCUAAUCCAAUGAACAGUAACUUCAAGGCCUGCAGACCCAGACUUGAUUUUGGAUACCUUCAAAGUUUUUACCUGAACCCACCGUUUGAUAAUGCAGUCAGCGUUGUUAAGAAUAAUGAGGGAUAUAAUGGAAUUGUUAUAUAUUGGGUUGAUAUGGAAAGAGUAAAAAGCAUAAAAUAUCGGGAUUUAAUCCCAGACAAGAACUUAUGGAGAGAGGUAGUGGUUUCGUCAAGGUGUGAACAGUAUUCAGUAGUAGAUGAUGAUGAUUUUGUUAAUGGACAUCAGUUGUCAAAUCCAAGACAAAUUCUUUCUGCCUGGCGUACAUAUGGUGGAGCGGAUGUUGAGGAUUCGCGGCGGAAUCUCAUCUCCAUGACCAGAUGGUUUGAGCCUAUUCGUCAUCUUCAGCUUGCUGUAAAGACUAAUAAAGCGAUAAAAUGGGUAGUAAAAAAAAAUUUUUCCGAAAAAGUGUUCAAAACUGAUCGAUUUGGAGGUGUUUAUCCAAUAUCUCGUUAUCGUUCUUCGAUAUAUUUCAUUAACCCUGAUCAAUAG